UAGUAAAAAUUUAGGGUUCACUUGUUUGAACGGCAUAGAAGGUGCAGGUUUGGGAGCUACGCCUCCAUAGUAAAAAUUUUGUGUUGUAGGGUUUUCAUAGUGUAAAGCUGUCAAUGGAUCGAGGGAAGUCCGGAGUGCGGCCGAGGCUAAUUCUUCCAUUGAGUGUAGAGGAGAGUGCAAGGCGAAGGGAGAUGCAGCUUCAAUAUUCAAGAGUGGUGAGAAGGAGAAGAUGGAGGCCAACAUUGCACCAAAAACAGAUAUUAGCCUCUAUGUGGGCUUCUGGAAACAGAAACCCCUCUAAAGCCCAGAUAGCGGCGAUUACUGCUGUGUUACAGGAAAACGGAGGAGUCCAAGUCCAACCCAAAAAUGUUCUAGAUUGGUUUCGAAACACAAAAUCUCGAGAAAAAUGCAAGAAUGAACAAUCACAAGCCACAAAUUUGGAUUUCCCUACACAAUCAAAGCAGUUGGAAGACAAGGAAGACAAGGUUUAUGUUGAGGAUAAAGAAGAAGAAGUGCAGAGAACCUUACAACUAUUUCCUCUGCAUCCUGACAGAGGUGGUUUACUAUGGUCCAUGAAGAAACGCCCUUGUCCUUUGUAAAUGCGUGAGAGCUUUAGUUUUCUUCCACAGAUAGUUUAGGAUUUAUAUGGGAUGGUAAAAUGUGUUCCUAUCUCAGUUUAAGGAGAAAAGAAUAGCAUGAAACUUCUGUUUGAUUGUUAUUUUAGUGGGAAUUUGUAGGCAUCAAUGACCAAUUUUGAUAUGAUGGUCUAAAAAAUACCAUUGAUCGCGCAAGUAAUGAAUUAGGUUUAUUAGGUUUUGUUCUAUUAGAGUUUCGGACUUGGUCUAAAAAAUACCAUUGAUUGCUUUGUAUGUGAUAAGCAUAUUGUUUUAGCGUGUGUG